CAAAGGACUAUCGGCAGCACUCCCGUCAUUAUUAUUUCGCUGUAUUCGUUACGCUGUGGUUAGAUUUUCGACAGAUACGUUAAACCAAUGACUGUUGAUCGUAGUGAAAUUCGUUUGAUAUCCAAAGUCGAUAUUGUCCUCUCGAACAGACAUUAAACGACGUUUAGUUACUUCUACCUCCGUUAUGGCGGAAACAAAGAAGGUGGAAGUCGUCAUUUCGGGUGUGGCCGGAGUAUUCCCCGAAAGUGACAAUGUGGAAGAAUUGAAAGAUCUGCUUUUCAGUAAGCAGAACGGGGUUACGUUAGAUUCGAGACGUUGGCCAUUAGAUGAGUAUGGGGUAAAAUCCGGAGUAGGUAAAGUAAAGUCUAUUGAUCGAUUUGACAACGUUUUCUUCAACAUGCAUGGAAAGUUAUGUGAAUGUUCUGAGACUGUAAUUAAGUUGAAUUUGGAGAGAUCUGUAGAAGCUAUUAUCGAUGGAGGUAUGAAUCCGGGAGAUUUAUAUGACACAAACACGGCAGUAUUCACAUGCUCUUCGGGUAGCGAAACUGAUACGAUUGCAAUGUUUGACGAAUCGAAGUUAGGAUUUGCUAUAGUUGGUCACAACAAGGCCAUGCAAGCCAACAGACUUUCGUACGCUUUAAAUUUGAAUGGCCCUAGUUUCACAAUAUUUUCGUCGUUUACUGGUGGUGUGGACGCAAUAGUAAUGGCUAAACACAUGAUUGAAAAGGGCCAUAUCAGAACCGCUAUCAUUGGAGGUUGUAAUUUAGUACAAAGACCAAAUUUAUCACUUCAGUUAAAAGGUUUAGGAGUUCUAAAUGACGGGAUAGAGACGCGGUCGUUUAGCGAAGAUGCGGAUGGUUUCAACAGGUCCGAAUCGUGCGUGGCCAUUUUACUACAAAACUCGUUAGACGCAAAACGAUCAUAUGGCACGAUAAUGAGUGUAAAAAUGGAACAGUACGGAGACCUCAGAGGAGUAUUUACCAAUUACUCUUCUGAACAUUAUAAAAAAAUUAUAAUGGAAGCAUAUGAAGAAGCCGGAAUAGAUCCCGCUAAUGUAGCGUAUAUUGAAGCUGAUGGAUGUGCAAUUAAGAAUGUAGAUGCAAUGGAGUUAGAUAUAAUAAAAGAUAUAUUUUGUCCACCCCACCGAAAAGAACCCUUGAAGAUCGGUUCAGUGAAAAGCAAUUUAGGCCACACUGAUGCUUCAGCUGGUCUUGUUUCAAUAGUUAAAUCAAUCAUCGCAAUGGACACUGGUUUUAUACCUCCUAAUAUAAAUUAUAACGCCCCAAACAGUCAAUCAGACGCUCUUACAUCUGGAAAAUUACAGGUUGUCACAGAAAAAACUCCGUUAAAUGGUGAUUUCAUAGGUUUAAAUAUUUUCGGUAGAACAGGAAAUUAUGGUCAUGUUAUUUUGAAAAGGUAUAACAAACAAAAGAAGAGAAUUUAUGCAAAAGAUGAAAUGUUUGAUGAUGGUUUACCGAGAUUAAUUCUUGUUUCUGGACGUAGUGAUGCUGGAGUCAGGAAAACAAUAAAAACUAUUGAAAGUUAUAAUGUUGAUGAAGAAUAUACAUCGUUACUACAUAAAGUGUUUUCCAAAAACAUAAGUGCUCAUUUCUCCCGAAGUUUCUUCCUUAUUCCUACACCGGGCCCGUGGAGAGAAAAAGACGUUUACCCGAUUACGAAUGAAAAACCUCAAGUGUGGUUCGUGUUCUCCGGUAUGGGGUCACAAUGGUUAGGUAUGGGUGCACAGUUGUUACGAAUACCAAUUUUCGCUAAAGCAAUUGAAAAGUGUGACACUGUCCUACGUCCGUUUGGUAUCGAUAUAGUGAACAUUAUAACAAGCCUAGAUCCGACGUUGUUUGACAACAUAUUGAAUUCGUUUGUCGGCAUAUCUGCAAUUCAGAUUGGUUUAGUAGACAUCUUGAGGGCUUUGGACAUUGAACCGGAUGGUAUGAUCGGACAUUCUGUCGGUGAACUGGGUUGCGCUUACGCCGACGGCUGUUUCACCGCUGAAGAGAUGAUAAUGGCUGCGUACGCCCGGGGUCGAGCCUCCGUGGAUACAAAACUUCCAGAUGGCAUGAUGGCAGCCGUAGGUCUUGGUUAUCAGUCUAUCAAGAAUAGGUUACCAUCUGAUAUAGAUGUGGCGUGUCACAACUCGAACGAGAGCUGCACACUAUCCGGACCCACCAAAAGCGUGAUGGAAUUCGUCGAGAAGCUCAAAUCGGAAAAAGUUUUCGCAAAGAUGGUCAACGUUUCGAAUAUUUCGUUCCACAGCCGGUAUAUACAGCCAGCAGCUCCGACAUUACUCGAAUACUUGACUAAAAUUUUGCCGAAUCCAAAACCAAGAUCAUCGCGAUGGCUCAGUACUUCUGUACCGGAGUCCGAUUGGGACACGGAUUUGGCUCGUUACUGUUCUGCAGAAUAUCACACUAACAACCUUCUGAGUCCCGUGCUUUUUGAGGAAACGUGUGUGCACAUACCGAGCAAUGCCGUUGUUAUCGAGAUCGCACCGCAUGGUCUACUCCAGGCUAUACUUAAAAGAUCAAGGACCGACGUGACCCACAUUCCACUAACUCAAAGAGUAUUCGGAGAUUCUGUUAGAUAUUUGUUGACUGCAAUCGGCAAGAUAUAUUGUAAUGGAUUAAAUCCAAACAUUGAAAUGUUUUAUAAGCCCGUAAAUUAUCCAGUAGCUAGCGGUACUCCACCAUUGCAUACUUUGUUGUCGUGGAAUCACGAAGAAAUAUGGUCAACUAUAGACGUGACAAUACUGAUAAAAAAGAAUAAAGGUGAGAGACUUAUUUCGCUAUCGCCUUCUACAAACAGUUCAAUCGAAGAAUACGAAAUACACGGCCGUCACGUUCUUCCGCUCUCAGCUCUAUUGUUUUACACCUGGGAAUCAUUCAAUAAAUUACGUGAAGAAUCCCACAUGAACAUACCCGUUGUCUUUCAAGAUGUUCAUUAUUAUCAACACGUUGUGAUAAACAAAAUGCAAUCCAGUGAUUUAUGUACUGCAAUACAGAGUGGAACUGGGCGCUUUGAAGUGUGCUUAAACAAUGUAAUUGUGUUAUCCGGAUACAUAUUUGUACUUGACCGUCUGAAGUACAAAAAAAAUGAAACCGCGAUACAGGAAAACAACGGCAGCGAUAACUAUCCCCGUAUAAUAUCACUAAGUCACGACGAGGUCUAUUCAAGUCUCGAACAGUUCGGCUACAGUGUUGGUGACGUUUUUAAGACGAUUCGGCACGCAGACAUUUAUGAAGAUAGACUGGAAGCAGAUAUAUCAUGGGACAAUAAUUGGAUACACUAUCUGGAUGCCACACUGCAGCUGGCAACAGUGCAUCAUGUGGAGAAACGCGGGGAACUCGUGAUUCCGGUAUCAAUUCAAGAAAUAUGCAUCGAUCCAUCCCUGUUGGAAGGAACUUCAGGACCAAUAGAUUUUGCUGCGCAAUACAAUAUAUUUACCAAUGAAGUGACGUGCGAAGGCAUCAAGAUUUCUCUACCUUGUUUCGAAGUAUUACCAUUGGAUCCGUUGGUGAAGUCAACGUUCCAGCUUAGAGAACAGGGUUUAAUCGAUCUAUCCAAUCCCAAUAUCAAAGCACCGAUCGAUUUUAUAGACACGAGUAUGGACUUAGCGCUUGAAUUCAAACAGAGUGACGAUUUUGAAAAUGUUUUCAUAUAUCCUAUGUACGAUAGUCAAGACGCCGAGAUGGGCAACUACUCCGAUCACAUUUUAAGAACCAAAGGUUCCGAUUUGAUGAUGAUUGAUAACGAUGAGCAACUAAAUAGUUGUUCAGAAAAUUCGCAGUAUAUCGUAUUAACUAGACACGACAAAUUAUCGCACGCCAUGAACUUGAUAAAAAAUAAAAGUCGUGUUCAUUUGGUCGUAUUUUCAAAUGGUCCUUUAACUGACAGUAAUGAUUUUACAGUGGUGCUGCAACAGAAAUUUGGAAAUUAUUAUUUGUCUUUAUUAAAAAAGGUUUUUAAAAUUGAUAGUGAUGUUAUUAUACACAGAUUGACUCCAGAAAAUAUAAACUGUAGUGAUCAAUUUCAAAAUGUAUUAACAAAUUUUAAAUCUUUAAAUAAAACCGUUUACUUAGUGUCUAAAAUUCAACCUGUAGAUGGAAUAUUAUCGCUGGUAAAAAAAACGAAUAAAAUAAAACAUUUUCGGUUUUUCUUCGUGUUGGAUAAUUCUGUUCCUGGAUUUAGUACAAAUAAUCCAUUUUAUUCAAAACAACUUGCCAAAGACUUAUUAGUGAACGUCUACCAAAAUGGCCGAUGGGUUACGUAUAAGGAAUUCAAAUUCAUGAAUGUUAUUAAUACUCAAACAUCGAUGAAGAAAACACUUCUCGCUAACUUAUCUAAUAUAUCAUUGAAAAAUGUUUCUGUCAAGUAUAUCGGUUUGAAUCCCCAAGACACGAGUAUCGAUACGAAAAAUAAUAAUGUCGAGUACGACGAACUAGGACCUAUUGAGUACUCUGGUGUGGCGUCUAACGGAUCUUUGGUGAUGGGCAUUGCGCCAUUUACACCAACGAUUUCUGAUAUCACGGUUGAUCCUAUUCUAUCCUGGACAGUUCCUAAAAACAUGUCCCUCGAAGAAGCGUCGACCAUUCCGGUACCAUAUUCAAUGGCGUAUUACAUAUUGAUCGAAAUUAGUAAGAUAACCAAUGAAGAUUCAGUGCUGGUACAUUCCGGAUUAACUGCUAUAGGUCGGGCUGCUAUAGAUGUAUGUUUAGAAAAAAAAUGUCAAGUAUUUGUCACCGUAUCGGAUUCCAAACAAAUGGAACUGUUAAAACAAAGAUUUCCGUCGCUUCCACAUUCAAAUGUAAUAAUUUACGACAAAGAAAAUUUCGAAAUUAAAUUUCUCAUGGCAAACAAAAAGAUGAAUGUAAUUAUUAACUGUCUGGACGGAGAAGAUUUUCACGCUACCAUACGAGUAAUUGCGGAUCAUGGAAAAUUCUUCCAACUGACCAAAAGCGAUAUGAAAAAGAAAUAUAAAAUGGGUUUGUUGAAAUUUUUAAAAGACAUAUCGUUCUUUUCUGUGGGUAUGGAUAGAGUAAUCGCAGAAUGUGAAGAAACGAAACAGACCAUUCAAUGUUUGAUUGAGCGCGGCUUACAAAAUGGCACAAUUAAACCGUUUGAUCGACAUGUACUGGCCGGUGCGUGUACAGGAACUCAAGCUCUAGAGACCCUCGAAAAAUUGACUCGAGAAAACGAAUUUAAACGAGUUGUAAUAUCCACGGAUAAAGCCAAUAACACCGGAAACAUGAUACACCAAUUCCAAUGUUGUCCGGACCAAUUGUAUUUUGUUAUCGGAAACGGAUCUAACGAUUGGUUAUGCCUGGUGGAAUGGUUGGCACAAAGAGGUGCAUUGAAAGUAAUAGUGGGCUUAGACAAAUAUUCACUGACACCGACAACUUCACGGAAGUUCAACAUUUUACUUGAUCGUUAUAAGGGUAUCACCGUGCAAUUGGUAUCACAGUCAUUGUUGGACACCGAACAAUCGACUUGCGAUUUUCUGAACAGUUCGACUACAACAUAUCCAUUAGCUGCAGUAUUCUUCGUAAGCGGAGUGGAAGAAAAAAUUAUCGAAAACAUGGAAAUGGCGAUGAAUCAAAUUAUCACGAAAAACAAUCAGAAAACGCUAUUCGCGUGCUUAUUCUGCGGAGGAGCAAAAACGUGUGAACGAUUAAAGGCAGUCGGCGUCAAUGCGUUGUGUUUGUCGUGGGCACAAAACGGUGACAAACCCAAGCUCAGCAAAAUCAUACCCAUACUGGAAAAUUUAAUACUGAAAUCCAACACGCUCAAUAAUGCUGUAGUCCUUUGCUCCGAACAUGAGACCGAUAAAUGGACAAAUUCCAAAGUUCUGCGGUAUGACCAGAACAACAUGUUUUUACCGAGCACCGUCGAAGAGCUGGAAUAUAAUUCGAAGUACGUCGUCGUCGGUGAUCCGAACUUUGUGGAAGUGGCCACUAAGAGCGUGUUGUAUGCCGAAGCUAAAGGAGCAUACCCAAUAUUUGUUAUGCCAGGUUUCCAACCCAACUGCAUGACAAGCCUGUACAAAAAUCUGGGCUACCCAACGUUCGAGGCCCGAUACCCAUCCAAAUUCGAAUCGGUCAAAAGCUUGGCCAGUAUACUCGUAAAAAAACUCAGACAAAUAACCGAACACCGUGCAGUCACUCUGAUCGGAGAGUCUUGGGGUGGCGCAGUCGCUCUGGUCAUGGCUCAAAUAUUGGAAACUGAAGGCAUUUUGGUAUCGUUGUCACUACUGAAUGGAGUACCAAGCACUCUUAAAAAUUGGACCUCUGAAAAUCACGUUCUUAACGACAACGUUAACACGUCGUUGCUUUCACGAUACUUAAAUAUUGAUUGCGAGGUGGCCAAAAAGUUUUCAUCUCAAUGCGAAUGGGACGCGAACAUUAACCAGCUACUGCAGUCUAAUAAGAUUUUGGAAGUUAAUGAAGUGCGCAACUCGUUAAACAUGAUACAAUCGCAACUCAACACAUUGAUUAAACUAGAACCACUACCCAAUAAACUAUUAUCAAUACCCCAAGUAUUUGUAUCAAAUGAGCUAUCCGACAUGGGUCUAGACGCCUUAAACGAAUUUUGUAUCAACCAGCCUGUUAUUCAUAUUGUCGCCGAAGUAAAUAGUCAGAACAUGUUAAAAGACGCCAAUGUUAUCAAAACCAUCAAUGAAAACGUAGCAUUUGAUUACCCACACAGCUCGACGUUGUCUCUAAACGACAAAUACAGUCAGCACUAUUAUAGUACCGAUGUUCCAUUAGUAUGUUAAUAAAUUAUAAAUAUUUCGUUUUCAAAUAACGAUUGUUUAUUUGUUAGCGAAUUUGAUAAAAACGCAUAUACUAUUUAAUAUUGUUUAUUUAUUAUAACCGAAAUAUAAAGCAUUUCGUAUUUUAAAGUAA